CCGAGCCAGUGCAGGAAAUCCUGUCGGUGAAUGUUCCGCCAUCACAGGCCCCUGAGCUUGUGUAGGGAUGUAUUUAGCAGUGGACUGUGAUUGAAGAGCUGGUGGUGGUAAUGCAACAUUAACAUUGGAUGCCAACCGCCCUUAAACCCCAUCGAAGAAGAAAAAUUAAUCACUUCUCUUGAACAUGGUUUCGUCUUUUUGGAGAGAUGUCGUAGGGGUUGGUCUAUUUGCCCUGGCUCAUGCUGCUUUCUCAGCGGCACAACAUCGAUCCUACAUGCGUCUGACAGAAAAAGAAAAUGAAACCCUACCGAUAGAUAUUGUUUUACAGACUUUAUUAGCUUUUGUUCUGACCAUUUAUGGUAUUGUCCACAUCUCUGGAGAGUUUAAAGAUAUGGAUGCAUCCUCAGAGCUGAAAAACAAGACGUUUGACACAUUGAGGAACCACCCGUCUUUCUACAUGUUCAAUCAUCGUGGUAGGGUGCUCUUCUGCUCUCCCAACCGAGAGGUCUCCAACAUCCCAAACGCAGAGGCCCUGCGAAACCCCCUUCGGCUACGCAAGCUGAAGCAUUUGCACUGAGACUUGCCUUCCCCACCCACAUGUCUUUAUUUCUGUGCACAGAUAAGCUUUUUGGUUAGAACCCACAAAGUAAUUUCUUCUACUUUUAAUUUGCCUUAGUACAUAUAUUAAUAUGCUGUACAAAUGUGCAUCUCCUCCCAUAAAAGUGGUUACCAUAUUUAACUCCUGACUGUCAACCAACCCUACAGUUUUUCAGGCAGAUUUGUUUGUAUAUAAUUGUAAUUGCUUAGAAGUAAACGGAUUUGACACAUCUUCCCCUUACUUUGGUAAGGGUAGGGUAAGCUGUAUGUGUCAAAUCCUUUAAGACUUCUUCCUAAGCAAGUGUUCCCCUUUUUUGGACAAGGGGCAUGAUGUUUUGUUUACCACAAUACAGCUGUCGGGAACUAUUUAUUUCUUUUUUUAUCUGCAGAUAUGAGAUUUUGUUUUAUCUAAUAAAAAGUCUACACUUC